ACAAAGUCAUCGUGAAGCAGGCCCAGAAUGCCAACUGACUAUUUGCUACUGUUCUCCCAGCAGUGUAACAGGGGCCCAGGUACACAGAAACCUGAGCAGCCACCUACAGCUGAAGAGCAUCCUCCGCAUCUGAGAAAAACAUUAGGAACUGAACUUCAUUGGCAGGGAGCAUUUAGAACAACGAGGCUUGUCCUGAAUUUUUUCUCUUGCGGGAUUUGCAAUGAAGGUCUCAGAGGAGCAGAUACUGCCCGCGGGAGCCUUGGCUCAGUCCGCACACCUGGGCGCUCAGACAUCUAUUGGCCAACGGAUGCUGGACUUCAACCAAUGCCCACCUCCCCGCCCGCCCGCUGGUUGUCAUGGCUACGGAGCACGCUAACUGCGGUCUGAGAAAGGCGGCUCUGGGGACAGCAAGGGACGAUGGCGCAGAACCUAUACGGCCCUCGAGUCCGGAUAGGAAACUGGAACGAGGACGUCUACCUGGAGGAGGAGCUCAUGAAAGACUUCUUAGAGAAGAGAGAGAAGGGGAAACUUCUCAUUCAAAGAAACAGAAGACUGAAAAUGCAUCUUUUGAGACCAAUGCAGCUUUCGGUAUCUGAAGAUGGAUAUAUUCACUAUGGUGACCAAGUGAUGCUGGUGAAUCCCGACCACCCCCAAAGGGAAGAAGCGGGGCUGUUCCUGGGCGGGGACCUGAGCCUGUGCAUGACCCCAGAUGAGAUGCAAGCCCACCUGAGUGAUGAGCUGCAGUUGCCCUGUGGCUUGAGUGCAGCGCACACCACGGCCCCAGUGGGCAGAAACACUUUUGUCGUCCUGAGUGUAGACAGAGAUGCCACUGGCCAAGUGCUUCGGUACGGGCAGGACUUUUGCCUUGGGAUAACAGGAGGAUUUGAAAAUAAGAUGCUGUAUUUAUCCAGUGACCACAGGACCCUCUUGAGAUCGGCCAAGAAGUCCUGGCUCCAGGAAGUGCACCUGACAGAUGAGGUGUCACACCUGGCCUGGUGGCAGGCCACCUUCCUUGACCCCCAGCUGCGUCUGGAGCAGGAGGGCCUCCCGGUCCAGGCAAAUGAAAAAAUUAUCAUCUGUCACCGUCACACGAACCAGGGCCUGGCAGCUCACCGGCACCUUUUCUUAAGGACCUAUUUUGGGAAGGAAGCUGAGGUUGCUGCUCACACGCAUCUGGAUUCACACAGAGCUGAGAAGCCAAAGAACUACUGGAUGCUGGUCACUGGAAACCCCAGGGAUGUCUCGUCCACCAUGCUGGAUGUACGCGGACAGCCAGCAGAAGACUCUGGAACCGUUGGGCCAGCUGUGUGCCGUCACAUACAGUGACAUGCCAGCACAUACGUGUUCUCCUGGGCUCAGCUCUAUCAGAUGCAGCUUUAAAGGACAUUGCCUGGCUCCGUCAUGCCUCGAGCUGCUCUAGGUGAAGCGGAGAGCUCUCUGAACCUGAAAUUAAAACAAAGGCUGUAUUGAGAUCAGUGCGUCCCUGGAAGAGGGGGUGGUCACAGGAACGCUCCUCUAGGGAACAAAUAGCAUUGCAAAUGAUAGAGUUGGGGCUCUUUGUUGAUAACCAAAUCCUAAAGAACCCAGCAGCCCCUGCUUGGAGCCUGACCCACAUCAGGUUCUACAAGGACAAUUACUUCUGCGAUCUGUCCAUAAGAAAUUUGUAGGAGCAGAUGUCAUGGCGCAGCUCUUUCUCCUCCAUGGUACAGCAGUGGGUAGCUGUGAACUGAGGCCUCUCCUUGGAAUUAAAAAUGUCCCUCCCUAGAGAACAUCCUAUUUUUGUUUC